CCCAGCAAGCACCACGAGCUCGGUGGCCUCGCCCAUGCUUUCAGCCUCUCCCCUAGGGGUGCUGCAAAAUGGCGGAUUUGGACAUCGGGCUACACUGCCAAUUGGAGCACUGCCGGCAGCGAGAUUUUCUUCCAUUUGUAUGUGAUGGUUGUUCAGGAAUAUUUUGCCUUGAACACAGAAGCAGAGAGUCACACAGCUGUCCUGAGGUAACUGUAAUCAAGGAGAGACUGAAGUCAGAUAUGCACACAUCUUAUCCAUGCUCAUACAAGGAAUGUGUUGAAAAAGAACUUGUACCAGUUAUCUGUCCUUAUUGUGAGAAGAAUUUUUGCCUGAGACACCGUCAUCAGUCAGAUCAUGAAUGUGAAAAACUGGAAAUCCCUAAGCCUCGGAUGGCCACCACUCAGAAACUUGUUAAAGACAUUAUUGAUUCCAAGACAGGAGAGACAGCAGUUAAGCGACGGAAGGGUGCAAAAAAUAGUGCAACAGCUGCAAAGGUAGCACUGAUGAAAUUGAAGAUGCAUGCUGAAGGAGAUAAGUCAUUGCCACAGACAGAAAGAGUUUACUUGCAGGUUUUCUUACCCAAGGAAAGCAAAGAGAAGAGCAAACCAAUGUUUUUCUGCCGCCAGUGGAGCAUUGGGAAGGUCAUUGACUUGGCAGCUUCUUUAGCCAGCCUGAAAAAUAACAAUAAUAAAUUAACAGGCGAGAAAUUAAGGUUAUGUCACAUGACUUCAGGAGAAGCAUUACCCUUGGAUCAUACUUUGGAAAUGUGGAUUGCUAAGGAGGAUUGUCCUUUAUAUAAUGGUGGAAACAUUAUCUUGGAAUAUCUUAAUGAGGAAGAACAGUUUUUAAAAAAUGUUGAUUCUUACUUGGAAUAGUCAUUCAAGGAUUCAACGAGCUAACCUCUAUGUGAAGUCAUUUCUUUUACUAUGAAUACUAUGCAUAUUUCUAUUUUUAAAAGUUGCUUUAAUUUUUUUAUUAUAUCAUAAUGUUACCAGUUUUCUAUAAAUUAAAAUUGUUUUAAAGCUUAUGAAUUGACAUUUAAUUAUUAGCAAGUUGUUGUUAGAUUUUGCUAGAAUGUGCUAUAAUAACAACAACAAAGCUGUAUGUCUCAUUGGGUUGGUAUUGAUGUCUGCAUCUGCACUGAAUGUUCAGGUGUCCUUUUUGGGACAUUACCAUUCUUCUGGCUGAGGAAGAAAGAAUUGGUCCUUAGAGGGUACACGUAUCAUUUUUGCUUUAAGCAAGUUCCAUAGCCAAGGCAGUAUAGCUUUACCUUGUGCCUACUUCAUGAUAUAUAAAUUCAUGUGUGUACAUGAAUCAGAGGAACUGAGAGAUUGUCUCAUUCACUUGUCAAAGUUUUGGAUGAGGAAUUUCAGGCCUAGGAGGGGGAAAUGAUUUUCCUGGUGUAAUUUAAUUGCUUUGAGGCAUGUCACUGAUGAAGGAUAUUACAAAUGAGAAGAAAGAUGAGGUAGCUCAACUUCAGUACAGUCUCUUUAUAUCUACCAAAGCAAAAACAUGGCAAAAGUAGACACAUUUUAUUGACAAAUUGAUGCUCUGACUGAUGUAUUCCAUCCUCAUUCAAUAAAGGACUGCUGUAUAGAACAGAAAAGA